AUGACAAAGUAUUUGCAUUAAUUCUUAUUUAAAAGUCAUUAGAUCAUUCAAGAUAAAAGUAGCGAAUUUAUGAUUUCAAGACUCCUUUUGACAAUGAUAAUUGUGCUGAAAAAAAAGAGAGAUAAAAGGAAAUGACACUAACCAUGGCACUUUCAUCAAUGAAAAAUAGUAAUCAAAUUUAGUAAAGAACAAUGUCAAAAAAGAGACUAACCUUUUUAGAAUCUAUUGUAUUUUCUCCAGAUGGAACUAUUAAAAUUCUUUGGGAUUUUUUAUGUAUGCUUCUAAUAUUUUAUGAAAUAUUGUCUAUCCCUUUUAGAAUUAGUUUCGAUUUCGAAAUAAGUAAUGAUCUAAGUACAUUUAUCACUACUAUUUUCUUACUUGAUAUUGCAAUAACGUUAUACUGCAGUUUGGAUAAAAGGGACAAUCAAUUAUAAAUAUUCAGUGAUAUGUAGAUUGUAUAUAAAACUUUGGUUUUGGCUGGAUUUAAUUGCAUCUUUCCCUUACGAUAUGGUAUUAAACGAAAAAAUCAUAAUUAGAUUAUAGAAUCUGUAUUAGUAACAGAUACUGAUGAAAAUGAUUAAAGUACAAAAAAUGUUGAAUCUUCUAAAACCUUACAAUAAAGUGCUUAAAUUUUAAGACUAUUAAAAUUCUUUAGAUUUAUUAAAAUCAUAAGAUUACUUCGAUUAUCAAAAUUAAAAGUGAUUUUUGAUAAAAUUGAAGAACAAUUACAAACAUAUACUACUAUAAAUACAAUUGCCAGCUUUCUUAAAUUAAGUUUUUUUGUAUUAUUUUGGUCGCAUUGGUUAGGAUGCAUCAUUCAUUUUGUAGGAAUGAAUGAAGAUCAUAAUCAUAAUUGA